AUUUUAUUCUAUAAUUUUGAAAUCCUCAAUAACGGAUUGUUGAUUUUGUGUUUGUGUGUGUUAGUGUUAAUACGUUCCAAUUUUAAAUUCUCCAUUAUUAAUAUUGUCAUUGUUGCCGUUACUGUUUGCAAUUUUUCCGUUAUUAUUUCCGUAUAAUGGAAACUUGGGUGAGGCAAAUUCCAGAAUUAUUUUGGAUAAGCACAGAACGUGUUGAAUUUGGAUUGAAAGAGCUGAGCAGUCAACUAAUGCUGCGUUCACCUCCAACGGAUUGGUUGACAAUAUUGUUUGAUUUGGCUAACAAUGCUACUGAUCUUUUGAUCAAUUUCUAUCUGGUCAAUCCUCGAACGUUCUUUGCAAUAUUAUUGUUUUUAUGUUAUGUUCUCUAUUAUAUUCGCAAUGUUGUCCAUAAACCAAUGUUCGUAUGCGCUGAAGGUCGUUUUAAAUGGUUCAUUAAGGCCAAUUGUCCGAUUGUUAACGAAAAUUAUUGGCCAACAAUAUGGUGCUAUGAGACUCAUUUGCUCACUCCUAUUUCCAAUUUUCUUCGCAGUCUUAUACCAGAAUUAAAAUAUCAUAGAGAAAUAUUAUCCACUUCAGAUGGUGGUCAGAUCUCAUUGGAUUGGUAUAAUCCUGAUGGCAGUGAAACAAAAACUGUUUCGAAUCGUCAAGAACAAAGUUCGCCGACACAUUCCAUGCAUGAACAAUCUUUCCAUAGCAAACCGAUCGUUCUUUUCCUACCUGGAUUAGCAGGAUCAUCACAAGCCGAGUACAUCAAGUCAUUGGUUCCAAUUGCUCAUCGAAUCGGUUAUCGUGUGGUUGUCAUUAAUUAUCGAGGACUAGGAAAUACUCCUUUAUUGACUCCUCGAAUGUAUUGUGCAGCCGAUGAUGCUGAUCUGCGUACAGCAUUGGCUCACUUACGUGAAACGAAUCCAAGAGCAAAAAUCAUAGCAGUUGGCAUUUCGUUAGGUGGUAUCAUCUUGGCAAGAUAUCUGAUUAGAUCGGGAUAUCAUUCAUUGGUAGAUGCAGCAUUCAUGGUGUCAGUCUGUUGGGAUAUAAUGGAAGGUAUUGCCAGUAUGGAAAAAGGUUUGAAUUUUGCUCUAAAUCAACAUCUCACUCGAACAUUAGUGGGCAUUGUUGAAGCUAAUAGGGAGAUAUUUCAGAAAUUACCAAACAUCGAUAUCGAUGCAGUUAGUAAAUGCCGUAACCAAAGAGAAUUUGAUGAAAAAUUCACCAUACGUAUGUUUAACUUUGAAAGUGUUUCUCAUUAUUAUUGCGAAAGCAGCCAUAAAGGAAAGAUUGCUUGCAUUAAAACACCAACAUUCUGCAUCAAUGCUGCCGAUGAUAUGUUUAUGCCUUUAGAACAUUUACCAUUGGAUGAAGUGCUUCAAAGUAAAAAUGUAGCAAUGUUGGUCACACAACGUGGUGGUCAUAUCGGUUUCAUGGACGGAUUCCUACCGAAUCUUAAAUGUGAAUUCUACUCUGAACGAGUAGUUGAACAAUAUUUGAGAGCAUUAUAUCAUCUGUCUGAUAUAAAACACGAUUUACUAUUGUGAUCUUUGCAAUUCUAAUAAUUUCGUUGAUUGUUUGCUCCAUUAUUCAGUGUUUAUCGGUUUAUUUAUUUUUUUAGUUUGUUUUUCCAUUCUUUCGAAAUUCUAUAUAACCAACCGAUAUCUGACAAAUUGUAUCAAAAAUGUGAUUGUUUUAAAAAUAUAAAUUUAUUUAAUUUAAAAUCACAAAUUUAGAAAAAUAAAACAUUUUUAACAUGUGUU